GCGAGGGUCUUACGUAACCACUCGAGAAAAGGAUCCCCUGGAACGAAAAAUCACACGGAUCGCGUGUUUCGGCCGCCCGACCGCGGAGCGGAGUAUAGCGGACUAUGCGGAGCACAAAGGAGUGGGAGCGAGCGAGAUAGAGCAACGUAGAUCUUGCUUUGUCUAUCGAUCACGGGAUAAAAGCGAGGUGCGCCGUUUCCAUAAACGCAAGCCCCCAGUCGGUGUGCGUUGUGUGUAGCGCGCGCGAUCCACCGACUUCUCUCUCUCUUCUUCUCGGCCUGAUUCUCGGCGUCGCCUGGGGUCCGCUCGCUCGCAUCCCGUCACGAUGAUCGCCUGUCCACUGACUCCCGAGGUCCUGGAGGGUCUACGUGCGAAGUUUUAUGCCGACAACCGCAACGUGCUCGCGCAGAAUGUCUGCACGAAGACGAAUCCCAUCGAGGCGUGCGCCUCGAGGAAGAUCCUCGAGGAGACCCACCACGUCUUCACCCAUAAGAUCGAGACCGAGGGCAAACCCGUGACUAAUCAGAAGAACUCGGGGAGAUGCUGGCUGUUUGCCAUCUUAAACGUCAUGAGAACUAGCUUCAUGAAGCAGCAUAAUUUAGACGAGUUUGAGUUCAGCCAGGCCUACCUGUUUUUCUGGGAUAAGGUAGAACGUUGCAAUUAUUUCCUGCAUAACAUCGUGAACACCGCGAAACGCGGCGAGCCGGUCGAGGGCCGAUUGGUCAACUUCCUGUUGACCGAUCCCACCUGCGACGGUGGCCAGUGGGACAUGAUCGUCAACCUGAUCACCAGACACGGUGUCGUGCCGAAGGCGUGUUUCCCCGACUCGUACAGCUGCGAGUCCAGCGUGCGCAUGAACAGCCUGCUGAAGAGCAAGCUGAGGGAGUACGCUAAGGUUCUGCGAGACAUGAUCGACAACGGCGCGUCCGACGACGAGCUGAAGGCGCGGAUAAACGAGCAGAUGACGGUCAUCUAUCGGAUAAUCGGCAUCUGUUUGGGUAUACCGUCCGAGAAGAUUACAUGGGAGUACUACGACAAGUCGAAGAAUUACAACUGCGUCGGCCCGAUCACGCCGCUCGAGUUCUACGAGAGCUACGUGAAGCCGCAUUACAACGUGAACGAUAAGGUGUGCCUGGUGACCGAUCCACGACCGGGUAAUCCCUACGGGAAACUGUACACCGUGGACUGCUUGGGGAAUGUCGUGAACGGGAAAACUACCCGCUACAACAAUCAGCCGGUGGAAUUGCUGAUGAAGCUGUGCGCCGAGAGUAUCAAGGACAACGAGCCCGUUUGGUUCGGCUGCGACGUUAACAAGAGAUUAAUAGAUAAGCACGGUAUUCACGAUGUAAAGACUUACAACUUCGAGCUGAUGUUCGGCACCGACAUUCACCUCGGGCUUUCCAAGGCCGAUAGACUGCUCUACGGGGACUCUAUGAUGGUGCACGCGAUGGCAUUCACGGCCGUUUCAAUAGACCGAGAGGGCAAGAUAAAGAAAUUCCGGAUAGAGAACUCCUGGGGCGAGGAUCACGGGCAGAAGGGUUACCAGGUCGUGACGACCGACUGGUUCUCCGAAUUCGUCUUCGAGGCGGUCGUAGAUAAGAAAUACGUACCUGCGGACGUGAUGGCCGUAUUCAAUCAGGAGCCCGUCGUACUACCCGCCUGGGAUCCCAUGGGCACGCUCGCUCAUUGAUGUUAAAGUGAUUUAACGUAAAUGCAAUGGCAAGCCGUUUUUAUUUUGCAGACGAAGGAUUUCAAGCAUAAAAACACGAGAGAAACGAAGUAUUUAAUAAAAAAAAAAUCCCGGGAGCAGUGAUUGUGUACAAAAUAAUACCGAUAUUUUAUACCUUAUAUAAUAACAAGAGAAUGCAGCAGUAUUGAUAAGUGGCUUUGUCGUUUACAAUAAUUAUAAGACCGUUUUGUUCAGUAUACGAGGGCAACGUUUAGUUCAAUCAUCAAAGACUGAAUGUAUGAGUUACCAUUAUUUGAAAUCACAAAAUGCGUAAAAAAAAAAA